AUCUCUUUAUCUCUCUCUCUCUCUCUCUGUUGUGACAUGUGAGAUCUUUAAAAUGGCGGCCGCGAGGAAAGUGCUUCAACAUGUGUGUUGUCCGUUGCUGCGGAAUCAGCCAAAAGUUGUCUUCAACCAAGUCCGAUGGCUCAACUUACAAGAAUACCAAAGCAAAAUGCUAAUGGCCGACUAUGGCAUUAAUGUACAAAAGAACUGUGUUGCUGACACUGCUAAGAAUUCUAGUUCUUUAGCCAAGAGUCUCAAUUGUAAAGAAUAUGUUGUGAAAGCUCAGAUAUUGGCUGGUGGCCGUGGUAAAGGUGUAUUUCAACCAAAUGGCUUUAAAGGAGGUGUCCAUUUAACAAAAGAUUUAAACAAAGUUGAGGAAUUGGUUGGGAAAAUGUUAGGUAAUAACUUGGUCACCAAACAAACAUCAACUUCAGGUGUAAAAGUUACUAAGGUAAUGAUUGCUGAAGCUUUGGAUAUUUCUCGUGAGGCCUACCUAGCAAUCCUGAUGGACAGAAAAUACGGAGGACCUGUGAUAGUCGGUAGCCCCUGUGGUGGCAUGGACAUUGAAGAGGUUGCUGCCAAAUCACCCGAAGCCAUUUUUACGGAACCAAUCGAUAUCUUUACUGGGAUUUCUAAGAAACAAGCUCUCAAGAUGGCUUCCAACCUUGGUUUCAAAAGUAAUUUGCAUGAAGAAGCUGCCAACCAAAUCUGCUGUUUGUACAACCUGUUUCAAAAUGUCGAUGCCACCCAAGUAGAGGUGAACCCUUUUGGGGAAACUAAUGAUGGCAAAGUUGUUUGUUUUGAUGCUAAGAUCAGUUUCGAUGACAAUGCUGUAUUCCGCCAGAAGUCUAUAUUUGCAAUGGAGGACACAACUGAACAAGAUCCGAGAGAGGUCGAAGCUGCUAAAUUUAACUUAAACUAUAUCGGCAUGGAUGGCAACAUUGCCUGUCUUGUAAAUGGUGCUGGGUUGGCAAUGGCAACCAUGGAUAUAAUUAAGCUGUAUGGUGGAGAACCAGCAAAUUUUCUGGAUUGUGGUGGCACUGUUACAGAGAAGCAAGUCUUUGAAGCAUUUAAGCUGUUAACUGAAGACUCACAAGUGAAAGCAAUUCUUGUGAACAUCUUUGGUGGUAUUGUAAACUGUGCUACCAUUGCCAAUGGUAUAACUAAUGCUUGUAAGAGUAUGAAAUUUGACCUUCCUCUUGUUGUACGACUUGAAGGUACCAAUGUAGUCGAAGCUAAAAGAAUUUUGAAGGAAAGCAAGUUACCUAUUGUUUCGGCUGAUAACCUAGAUGACGCUGCCCAGAAAGCUGUCCAGUCUUUGUCCUUAUAAAAAGAAUUUAGUCAGGAAAGGGUUACCUUUAGUUUCUCUUUCGUUGCUGCCUUUGCAGCAAUGUUCAAAAUCCACGAACAUUCCACCUGAUUAUAUAUUUUCUCUCACUUCCUCUCUCUCUCUCCCUCUCUUUCUACAGUAAUUUUACUGCUGACCUGUUACAUAUUGAAACACAUGCACACGUCAUUAUUUCUUUUUAAUAAAAUAAUGCUGCAUUAUUGACUCCUUUCUAAAGAUUUUGGGAUUAAAUGUAAGUUGGCAGACACAGCAAACAACUGGAUUAAAUGUCUCCUAGGCUUUAAUCUUGUGUCUUUUUAUUCAGGCCCUGUCAUCAUGAAUUUGUCAAUUCAAACCUUUUGGUACCAGCGAUAUAUUGGUGUCAACCAUAUCUGCUCCCUUACAAUAAAAAAAACAAAAGAAAAAUUAGUCCUCGUUAUUAACUGAUGUUUCAUUAAUUAGAAAUCUUCAAGUACAAUGAUAUAUUUUAUUUCAUAUUUUGUUGCUUCCAUUCUUGUGGGUUGUUAACUGGUGUGGAGACUGGUGGUGGUGGUGGAGGUGAUGAGGGGUCUAUUUUAUGAUGGUAAGUUCUAGGAAAACUUAGGUCUGUGAUUCACUUUCAUUUCAUAAAAGAAAUUUGCAUCACUUGGGUGGUAGAUUUCUUUGUAAAUGGCAUGAACAUUGCAUAUUUCCUGUUUCCACUGCUGUGUAAAUUCCGUAUGAAAUACAGAAUUUACUUUUUGAAAGAAAAUAUUUCUUUUUUAUCUUCUUUAUUGAAACAAAAGCAACUUUUAUAGAAGCAUUUUUUUUUAUUAGCUUAUUUUGCAAAAAAACAAACAAAAAAAAAGACCGAAAAGCCAUGUUUGCAUUCUUUUAUUCUCUUGCACUUACGCUGUGAUGUUUACAUUUUAAAUACCUUGGCCAAAUUUGGGGUUUGAUAAACAAUGUGAAAGGAGAGGAUGUUUGUUUGUUUGUCAAAUAAGGAGGUGGGAGGUUUUCCAUUGAUUGCCAAAUAAGGAUAUAUAUAUUGAAGCAUUUAUGUCUUCAAUGGAUGCUUAAAGUUUUAUUUUAUCUUUUCUGUUUUUUUUUUAUGUAAUAUAUUUCAUGUAAAAUGUUUUAAUAAAAAUAUCACAUCUCUAAAUUCAAGCUGUUAAAUAAGAAAUUGAUCCCACAUAAAAUAUGGCAUAAAUUUACAAUGAUACAUAUCUUUCUAUCUCUCUCUAUCUGUCUAUCUAUCCAUCCAUCCAUCUAAAGUAGGAAAAUUUCACAGAAGGAUCACAAUUUAAUUAAUUUCAGUGCUGUUUCAUUUGAAAUAAACAUCAAUAAAACUGUAAUUGCAUAAUUAAGAUACAUGAUUAAUAUAAAUUAAUUGAAAUUAAUUUAGAUUGCUCUUAAGGAUUAUUUUAGUCAAUUAUGCAUAUACAUGCAAGCUUUUUCCACUUGGAGUUACUGCAAUAUUAUUACACGUUGGAGUUUAACGACCUAUAAUUGAUUGAGUUCUUAAUUACUGUGGAUUACAGUAGAUUAUUGAUGCUUUAUAAAUACAUACAUAUAUAUAUAUAUAUAUAUAUAUAUAUAUAUGAUGCAUAAGUAUAUAAAGGAAAUGCAAGCUCAAUGUAUUUUAGUGACUGCCAGUUUCAUCCUUUGUUUCUUCAGAAGCUAGCAGUCUUUGGAAUAUAUCAGUCUUUCCAGUCCCAGAAAUAAAUAUUCCUCUACACACAAUAUUGAUUUCUUUUCAUAUGUGGCAAUGUGUAUACUCUACUGAAACCUUUUUCAUUCACUUUCUUUGUGUGUGUUUAUAUAUAUAUAUAUAUAUAGAUGGAUAUUUAUAUUUAUAUAUAGUGGUAAUGUUUCUUUUUGUGCUCAGUUAUAAAAAAAAGCAAUUUUACACUAACCUAAAGGGUUACUCUAUGCUUUUGUAGAGUACAGGUUUAUUAGGGACCCCUUCACAGAGUAACUGCUGCAUUUGCUGAGUAUAUAAGCAGUUUGGCUGCUUGUUUCUCUGGAGAUUGUCAUAAUGAUGUGGACGCCUCUGAUGAGACCCCAAUAAGGCUUGAAAAUUGAUUUAAGUUGUUCAUCAUUCUUUUCAGUCUGCAAAGAAAUGGCUAAAAUUUGCCCUGUUUAUAAUUAUACCAUAUGUUACAUAUAUAUAUGUAAAGCUUUUAUUUCUGUAGUGAGAAGCAUUAGUGAUAUACUGUGGAUAAAUAUAUUUCACGAUCAAUUAGAAUUUGACAUGGAUACAGCAGCAAUUAAAAGAAAAAAAAAGUGUCUUAAUAAUGAUCUUUGAUUAGAUUUUUGUCCCCCCUCAUUUUUUUUCUUAAUAUCGAUAUAUUUUUAUUGCCAAAUGAUUGAAUGAGAUAGAUUAAUUGAUCUGCCAUCCACUGAUUAUGUAAGGGAUAAAUGAUUUAGCAUCAAAUGAUUAUGUGAGAGAUAAACGGUUUACUAAGGGGUUACAAAAUAAUCCAAGCAGCAUGCGACCUCAUCAAAACACAAUGAUUCCUGAAAUAGGGUUUACUCUUGUACAUUCGAUUCUUUCAGGAAUUUUAACAAUCAGGUGUAUUUCUAUAUUAAGUCACUUUUUUUAUGGAAACGUAUAUUUCUUGAACUUUGUUGUCAGAUGAAAUAAAAAUGAUUUUUGUACAA